CCUGACUGUAAAGCAGUAUAGUCCAAUUUAGUUCCCCAGUCUCACCUCUAGUUCGCACUCUAGUAUUUGAAAUCUGCAGUCUUCUUAUCUUUAUUGUUUGUAUGUGGAUACAGUAAUUUGUGUUAUGAGAGUUUGUCUGCAUCUGUAAUUGGAAGAGAGUUUUGUACAUCCUUUGUGCAGAUAAGGUAAGAAAAAAGUACCCCUUUUUCUUUGGGAUGCUACUGGUAGUGCUUGUCGAACUGUUGUGCUUAACAGUGAGUAGUCCUGAUCAUUGUCAUCAUUGGAUUAUGACUUGGAAGCAGAAGUGGGGAGAAACUUUCUUGUCUAUUUUCUGUGCUUUCACAACCAGUAUCGUCCUGAGAUAGGUGCUGUUUACCACAGGAACUCUAGGUGUCAUGGAGAACAGCUGCCCAGUAGCUGUUGCCUAAAUCUUAGUCAUGGAUGUCUUUAAGUUCCCUUCUUUUGCAUACCCUGUUAUUACUCUAACUUGUAAAUUUCAUCAAGCUUAAGGAAAACAGUACGGAAGUACCUUGGCAGGAACUUGGAAACUUUAUUGCCACAACAAGUGUUUGCUUUGUACCUCUAGUUAGCCAGAUCACAGAAAGUAUGUACGUAUUUUUAACAUGGAAUCAGUGUGCUAAGACUGUAUGGAGAGAUGCCGGAUUUGGGUCCAAAUAAGGUUGAUUUAGUGUGUGUAUGACUCAGGAGUAUUAUAAACUUUUAUUUUAUGUUUUUCUGUCUUCACAUUAUAUCUCCAUCUGCUUUAGUGACCCCGUAACACAACAGAUUCAUGUUUUAUUUGAAAAAUUUCUUAACUAAAGAGUGAAAAAGAAAUACUUCUGAACUUUGAAGGCCAUUCUGUUUUAGUGGUGUGAUAGCUUCCUUGGGACCUUUAAAGGUUUUUUUCCCCAUCAGCUGCAUAAUCUGCUUGAGAUCCAACUCAUUUCUUCCACAAACAAAGGCAGGAUCUUUUCUCUCUUCUCUGGGAAGCUCUUCUUCCUAGCUGAGCUUCAUAUUAAUCACGCUUGCUGUACUCUGCUUGGCACAAUGUUCAGUAAUCCAGGCAGUGAUUUACAGUGUUGCAGCUGUGCAGUGUAUCUGCACAGGGCAGAACACUGCCAUCUCAUCUUUGUUAGGGUGACAUUUAUCUUUUGGAAAAGUAUAUUCAUCACAUCAUCCUAAUAGUGGUGUAUCUUGUGGCUUGGCAAAAUCGGCUGUGGCAAAGAAGUCACAAAGAGUAAUUGGGAACUGUUCAAGUCUUCGAGGUCCUGACACCACAGACAUAGUUUGCUUGCUACAUAUUCUAAAUAAGAAUAUUUAUGUUCACCUGGAGAAGGGGUUUGAGUUCCAGGUCCCUGUUAGAUGGUGUCCAUGUUUCUGUGAAGUCGUAUACAAGUUUGCUGGUGAAAUUAUUUUAAAAGACCCUGAAAGUAUUUAUGAUUUUUUUCUUUUCUAAGCACAAGAGUUUCUGUUUGGUUUAGGUAAUCUGGUACUUUACUCGAGUGAAGAAUAGUGUUUUCUUUUGAUAACACUGCUUGUUCUGUUUCAAUAUAGCUUCAUACAAUUAAUUUAUGUUUGCUCCAUGGAUUCAUCAGUGCUGCAUCUAACACUAGAGAUGUUGGAGCUAAGCUCCCACCAGAGGAAACUAUUUGCCUGAAGCCUUUGUAAAGAAAUGGGAAGAAUUGCUUUGAUAGUGUUAGCAGUUCUUAGUUUUGGAGAGCAAAUCCUGGGGAAGGAGAACGAAAUGUGGCCUCCUCCAGGUGAGCUGCCAGAAUUCAGGAAGGAACACUGGUCCAUUGUCUGGAGCAUGCUGGGCUGGUUGAACACUGACUUGUGCUGGUCUUGGAGAGGGGAGAAAUGGGCUGAGUGUCACCAAUGUUCAGGAAAGGGAGUUUGAAUGGGGGAAUGCUGGCUCAGUAUGGGGCAUUUCAUGGCUGCCUGCUGGAAAAGCAACAACUUGCAUUCCUUCUUUCCCCUCCAACUCUGUGCUGCCAUCCAGUGUUGCCGCUAUGGUUUAUUGUGAUGGUGAGCAGGAAAGGGAAGAGGAAAAAAAAGCGUGCUGAGCAAGUAGGUCUGGCCUGGGGAGAAGAAGUAUGUAUUUUACCCUGAGGGGUGUUGGGGAGUGCAGGGAAAAAGGGAGAAUGCCACUGAACUAAAUUAUGUAGCAAAAGGAAGAUCCUUUCCAUUUGAUCAGGGUAUCACCUUUUUUCUUUUCUUUUUUUUUUUUUUUUCCCCAGACUGGCAAACCCCCCAAAUUCUGCUGUUUCAUGCUGUUAGUUCUAAAAUAUUUAUCAGCACCAGAUCCACGCCUGACCUUCUGUGUUAAAGCUGCUAAGUUCCUCACAGUUCUCUUGUAUUAUUCUUCCCCAGACAGUAAGACUAGUUUGAUUUUUUAAAAAAAUAAAUAUUAAUUCUAUCUUUAAAUUUGUUCUGGCUUAGCCCUCUUCUGAAUACCUCCCAGUGCUAUCAUAAAAGCAUGUUAUAACAACCAGAGCAAAUAGAGUAAAUCCAAUACUUUAGGUGUGUUUUAUGUGGGACUUUAGCAUAUUUUUGCAUUCAGCUAACACUGGGCCUUUUUAUUUUUCUUUUUCUUGAAACCCCAUUCCAUCUCUGGGGAAGGUAGUUUUUAUUUUAUUGUUUAUGUAGGAUGUGUAGAGAAUUUAAGAAAUGCACAUGGGAUUAUGGAGAGUUGGAUAAUACCUUCAGAAACUCUCAGAAUGGAUUUGCUGCAUUUAAAAUUCUACUGUUUAGGUAUUGUGUUAAAUAUGUAACACUUAGGUGAUCUCGCUUUUCCGCUUUUAAGAACAGAUGUGCAAGUUAGUGGACAAACAUUUGGAAUUCACUGCAACUCUUUUCAAGAUGGUUUUUCUUUGGAAGAUAUGAUGUCUGCUUUGAGAUUUCAGUGGUGUCUUUUUUCUUAAAGGAGAAUUCCUAAGGCAGCAGGAUUGUGACUUGCUCUUACACAGUCAGCAACUGGAAAAAUGCCAGGUUCUAAAAGUAACUUGGUAUCUUCACAUGAGGAUGUUAUAAAUGAGACGUCAGACUUGAGUGAAAUUAAAAUUUCAGAUGAAAAAGGAUCCGUUGCAAAAAGAACAGUGACUCUAAUUGAGAAGGAUGGCUAUCCCGACUCUGUAUACAUGAAUGCAGCUAAGAUUUUUCAAGGCAUUCGUACUGAAAAGAGUAAGGAUAAAAUGCUAGUGCGGUACGGCGAUAACUCAGAAUCUCCCGUGCUAGCUUUUAAAGAUGAGCAUUCCAGGCGUGUAUCUUAUGAACUGGCUUUCAGUGCUCUAAAAUAUCAAGAUCUUCUUGAAGAAAUAUUGUUAGAUAGCGGUGUUUACCCAUGCCAGUCAAUACCGGAUGAGUUAACCAGCUUGCUUGUUGUGAUGCUUUAUGACCUACAAGACCGAAAGUUUGAAGCACGAAAGAUUUUUGAUGAAGAGGAACCUGUAGAAGAAGUUCAGGAAAUAGGGCAUUAUUUAUAUAGUUGUAGGACCAAAGCAGCAGCUGCACUGGCACGAUGUCGCAUUAAAUACGAUGCUCUUUCAAUUGAACACUUUAUACCAGAAACCAUAUGGAAGCAGGAACAAAGAGUUUCUGCUUUACCUUUCUAUGUUUGGAUAAACACAUUUAAAAUAAGCCUUGAAGAUGUUAUCAGAGAUUUGGAGACGAAGGGACUCACAAAGGUUGAAUCUGUGUCAGACUUUGACCAUUAUACGUAUGCCAUGGACCAACAUUGCCAUGAUGUAUUGGUUUUUCCUUCCUCUCUUAAAGAAGAAUUGCUUAAUUUAGAUCUUUUUGCAGAUUGCAAACUCUUACUGCAGGAUAAGUCUCGCAGCCUUGCAGUACACUCUGCACAGGCGCUGUUGAAUGCAGGUGAUGACAUUAUAGUGGCUCACACAGGUUCCUAUCUGACCAUUGCCCAUAUGUCAGUGCUGACAAAUCAUGGCACGUCCACAAUUUUCGUUUGUGGUGUGAAAUCUUCAGCAAAAGAAGAAGAACUGAGGAAUAUUUUCAGUCAUAUGGGAUGUGAAAAUAUUCAGUUGUUGCAUGAAGACUUUACUGAGCUUGAACCAACAGACCGAAGACUUCAAAAAGCAAAAGUUAUUUUGCUGCUACCACAAUGCUCUGGACUGGGUGCUGGCAAUCCAAUGGAGUUUAUUUUAAGUGAACACAGAGAUGCAGGGUUUCUACGAGACCUUUUCCAGGGAUUUGUGUCUGAGGAUAAACUCGGUAUUCUUGCUGAGAGGCAGCUUAACGAGUUGAUUCAUGCACUGAAAUUUAACAAAGUACAAGCUAUUGUUUACUGCACUUGUUCAGUUUACCCACAAGAAAAUGAACUAGUAGUGAAAAAAGCACUGGAAUCUGGAGUGGAAGGAGAUAAAGUACAACCAUAUAGGCUUAUUCCUCCCGUUUUUUCUACUUGCUCCAAUUCAGAGGCUUCCACUGAAAUUUUUUUCAAAAUGGAGCCAUCAGAAAUUUCCAGUGGCUGUUUUGUAGCUGUUCUAGAAAGAGAGAAAUGUUCUUCUAAAAAAGUGCCUGCUAAAGACAUUUUGGCUUAUGCUGCAGAAAAAGGACUACUAGAUAGCAUUUCUGAAGAAAAACCAAAAGAAGAGAAAAAGCAGAAAGUAAAACGACGUAAACGUAAUGUUACUGGUACUGAUAGAAAGCCAAAGGCUCCAGAGCCCCUUCACCAUCAAACUGUAGCUCAUGUUAAGGCUGAAGUUCCUGUGUCUAAAGCAGUCAGUGACACACAACAAAAGCAUGUGCCCAGAACAAAAGCAGUCAGUGACACAGAAAAGCAUGUGUGCAGAACAAAACCAGUCAGUAAAGCACAACAAAAGCAUGUGUGCAGAGCAAAAGCAGUCAGUGACACACAACAAAAGCAUGUGCCCAGAACAAAAGCAGUCAGUAACAUACAACAAAAGAAUGUGUGCAGAACAAAAGCAGUCAGUAAAACACAACAAAAGCAUGUGCCCAGAACAAAAGCAGUCAGUGACAUAUAACAGAAGAAUGUGUUCAGAACAAAAGCAGUCAGUAGUACAGCCGUGCCUAAAGCAGUCCCUAACAUACCUGCAUCUAAAGCAGUCAGUAACACACAAGAACGUGCACCAAACAAACAGCCACGUUCAGCUGAAGAAAUCCACCAACCCUGAUUCACACACAGCUGUGCCUGAAGCGCCAAAGCGUACAUGUCAUUUGUCCCCUCUGGGCAAGGUGUCUGAGAGAGACACCUCCUCGAAGGGAAGGGCACGUGCAGGACAUAACGGGGUUAUAUUGAAGCCUGAGAAAAUCACUUUGCCUCCAGAGUGAUAACACAGAGUGAUAGGAAAGUUUGCAAGGAAACAAACUCAGGGUAUCAAGUCACCAUCACUUUCAUAGCCAGACUGGAGCACAGGGUCCAAGUGGUUGAAUAUUUCCACCACCCCUGUCUAAAAUGGUCAAGCCAACUGUGCUUAAACAUCUCUGACCAUGGGAACUUUCAAACUUGGCUCUUCCUUUAUACAGAAGGUAAAGAUUCCUGUAUAUUAAUCAAUACUCUUUGAUUACAGUAUAUAUUUAUGCAGGAUAAUCUUGGUGUGGGAAAGAGCUAUGUUAUGGCUAUUUGUGUAGAAAUCUCCAGGUUAUACAGUAAUUUUUAAUCCACUAAUCACAGUUUAAAGUGAAUGAAGCUCAGCUGCCUAAGGCUGAUAGACUGUUGCGAGGUCAAAAAACUGUAAUCUCUUGCUAUACACUUUAAAUUGACAAGUUAAAUCAUACAUCUGCCCCCCCCUCAUGGCCUAGUUCUGUAAGAGUAAUCAAUUUCAAAUGGAUUUUUUUUUUAAGUGAGACUGCAUUUUUUAAGUGGUUACUUUUCUUUACAAGUGCUAGGUACCAUUUUUGCAAGUUUCCACUUCGAUGCUUUGCACAGUAAGCCCGUUAGCUCACCUUUAUUUCUAAAACUAGAUGUGAACUUUUGUACAGAAAACUGGCCAGGUAUACUAAGGGCCAUGCACAGGCUUUCUCGUACUUACUCCCUUGGUUUCUACUCAAGUGUACUUCAAAAUAUUAACAAUGAAAAAUGGAUAAAAUAUUCUCAUGUUAGAAAUGCUGAACUGUCAUCAUAAUGUCAUGUCAGACUAUGUCAUGGCUCAUAAUUGCUCCCGAUCAAUUUCUUUAAAGAAAAAGAGCUGAUACUGUCAAAACAACUUACAUUUAUAAACGUUACUGCUAGUCAGCUGAAUAAUGACUGAACACAGAGUAGUUUGCCUGUCUUUGGAAACAGUCAUGGGCUUCUAAGCUGCUCCCUCUUCCCAGCAAAGAUUAAAUAACUGUAAAAUAGCUACGGUUGUUUUAUCAUCUAAGCAGAGCAUAAAGGGAGACACAAAGAUUUGUGUUUAGAAGUGUUCUAAAAAUGAAACAGCACAGCAAUAUAGAAAGGCAAAGGUAGCUGUGGCCCAGAAGAGAAAUUUUCCUCUAGGCAACCAUUUAAGAUACUUGGCAAGAGUGUUGUCAUGAGCAGCAACAAAAUGUAGUAUGGAAUCUUAACUGAUUUGACAUAUGGGUCUAGAUUUAGAUCGAUCCAGAGAAAAUGUUUUAACAUCUCUACUUUUUCUUCACCCACACCAGUCAGUGUCGCUGGAUCAGCAGUACCUUUAUAAGAAAGGAUGUGAAUGAUACUACACCAGCAACAUAAACAGCUGGCUCAUGUUCAUUGGAUAUUGUUGCUUCACUGAAUCACUGAAAAUUUCUUUUAGCAUUUUAAUCUGAGCCAGCUCUCCUAGGCAAAGACAUCCCCUACCUUCUGCAUAUCCCUGUGAGCAACCCAUGGUCCUUACCCAUUCCAUUUACAUAGUGAAUUCUGCUCUUGUUUUUGAGCAAACCUGUAAGGAUAGUUUAGACCUGUGCACCACAAUAUGUAGAACAGGAAAAAAAGAAAUUCUUAUUUCAAACCAUCUAGGAGGAGGAGAGAUUCUACAUGUUGGACAGUGGGAAUGGACACUAAGAAGAUUUAAUUUUUUUUUCUUCCUGUAUGGUUGUUAAAUGGUUAAAAUAAACUUAAGAGAUUCUGUG